AUGCAGUGGCGCGUCCUCCCAGCACUGCUCGCGGCCGUCGCCAGCCUCGCUCACGCUCAGACCGUCACGUUCCGCAGCCUCGAGGAGACUUCGUCCGCCUCUUCGUCCUCCUCCUUCGUCUUUAAUGGGAGCAACUCGGACAUCGCGCGGCAGCUGCACAUCCGCCACCGGGCGGGCGCCACGGGCGACAGCAUCUCGCUCACGGAGGUGCCGACGGCGGUCAAGGACCGCCUGGACGCGCUCAACAUCGCCUUCGACGACCUGCCGGGCCUCGUGCAGCGCGCCGUGCUCUGGGACACGGGCUUCGCCAUCGCGCCGGGCAACAAGCCCGUGCAGAUCUGGCCCAUGGGCAACCGCACCAUGGCCGACAUCGCCGUGCAGAAGUACGAGGUGAGCAACGUGCAGUGCACCUUCACCAACUGCUCGCAGCCGAACGGCGUGACCGCCUUCUACAGCCACACGUGCACGGGCUUCCAGAUGCAGAACACCUCGCACUGCGUGGCCAACGACUUCGUGGACGACGCGGCGUCGACGUACUUGGGAAACAUGUGGGCAAGUGGCGGUGACCCGGACGUGAUACCGGAGAUCGAGCUUCGUGAUCACACCUGGUCGGAGUACAUCGCUGAGUUCAAUGGCACGUUUGAUUUCUCCGUCUACGUGGUGCACACGGUGUCCAGCUCCGACGAGGUGGCCUGGGGCGCGUGCCCUGACGACGGCGAGUACGGGGCAGUGAGCAUCCCGUGCGCGCGCAGGGAUCAGUUCACUGACGCGUACAUGGCCGAGAACACGACGACGCCCACGGGCACGGCGUGGGUGACCACGUGGCUGCAGGAAGAGUUCGCGGGGGAGGACGACGACGGGUUCAACUUGGUGCUGCUGGUGCCGAUUAUCCUCGGAGUUCUCGUCGUCAUUGGCCUCGGCUGGUUCUUCUGGAGACGCCGGGCCAAGCAGCGCGCGCAGAAGUCGACGACUAAUCCCCACUGCGAGCUCGAAGUGGACUCCGUGCAGUACAUGACCAUGGGGGCGCCGGAACUGAACCCGACUAUGAUGAGCAGCCACCCGACCACGCAGGGCUCGACCAUCUCCAGUCAGCACUACGAGAGCGCGGGCUCCAACAAGACGCUCAAAAUCUUGCUGGGCAGCGAGCAACUGCAGGGCAAGCGCAUCCCGUUCGACAGCAUCAUCUUCGAGCGAGCGCUGUCCAAGGGCGCGUCGGGAGAGGUCUGGAUCUGCGAGUACAACGGGCAGAAGGUGGCGGCCAAGCGGCUGCUGCAGACCAAGGACCAGAAGGCCGAGAACGUCCAGGCCUUCGCCGAGGAGAUCCAGCUCAGCGCCAGCCUCGUGCACCCGCACAUCGUUGAGUUCAUCGGCGUGGCCUGGAACAGCCUCAACAACCUCAUCAUGGUGCUCGAGUUCUUCCCCAAGGGCAAUCUGCAGAACUACCUGCAUAAGCACGGAGACCUCCUCUCCUGGGCGCGGGACAAGAUCCACAUGGCCAUCGGCGUGGCUCAGGCGCUCGAGUACCUGCACGCGCGCACGCCUCCGCUCAUCCACCGUGACCUCAAGUCCAACAACAUCUUGCUCACGGAUCAGCUGGAGCCCAAGCUCAUCGACUUUGGUGUGAGUCGGGACACCAUCGACCUCACCAUGACGGCGGGAGUGGGCACGCCCUACUGGACCGCGCCCGAGAUCCACGAGGGCAAGCGGUACACGGAGCAGGCGGACAUCUACUCGUUCGGCGUGGUGCUCACGGAGCUGGACACGUGCAAGAUCCCGUACUCCAACGCCGCGACCGAGGGCGGCGGCAUGCCCAAGCCCUUCCAGAUCCUGCAGGACGUCAUGGCUGGCAAGCUGCGCCCCAGCUUCUCCCAGGACUGCCCGCCUCGCAUCCAGCGGAUCGGUCUCGCGUGUCUGUCCAUUGACCCAUCAGCUCGCCCCACGGCACGCGAGCUGGUCAAGGAGCUUGGAGGGGGCGGUCAGGACUAA